UUUUAGUGUUGGUAGAAAGCGAUGGCGGCGGCUUAGCUCCAACACAUCGGAUUAAGAAAGCACUGUUUACACCUUCUUAAAUGCAGUAUUCAUACCCAAUUUCAACAGAAACGUGGAAAAAGUGGAUUCUUGUGCAGGAUGCAAUCUUAAAUAUAAUCUUACCAUUGCCUGACAACUAUGAUCGAUUAACACACCUGCAAGAUGCUACACGUCCUACUUUGAAGCUAGCAAGAAUUUGAUUUUUUCCAGUUCUCCGUGUAACCCUCCUGCCUGCGUUUUUCGGGACCCGCGUUCUCUGGCAGCCUCGCGCUCCCCUCAGCACAAAGGACUGGUGUUCUCACGAGUGUGACCCCUCUCUCCGCCGCGGGAGCCAUGGAUGAGGAGGACCAGCAGAGUCCAGAAGCAGGCAAGGCCAGCCUGACCCUCUCCAGGAAGAGCCCUGUGCUGGAGGAAGACAACCUGCAGGUUCCCUUCUCAGAGCUUCAUGGCGAGUGUGUGGAGUAUGUGGGCAGGGCGGAGGAUGCCAUCAUCGCCAUGUCCAGCUACCGGCUGCACAUCAACUUCAAAGAGAGCGUCAUCAACGUUCCCCUGCAGCUGAUCGAGAGCGUGGAGUGCCGGGACAUGUUUCAGCUGCAGGUCAUCUGCAAAGACUGCAAGGUCAUCAGGUGUCAGUUUGCGCAGGCGGAGCAGUGCCAGGACUGGCUGAAGCGUCUGGGUGCAGUGGCGCGGCCGCCGGCUCAGCUGGAGCAGCUCUUCGCCUUCUCCUUCCACGUCCACACCGACGAGCAGCAGCAGCCCCACAACGAGAUCUGCAGAGCAGGUGACCACGUGACGUCCCGCUUCAAGAACGAAGUGGAGCGCAUGGGCUUCGACAUGGACAGCGCGUGGAGGAUAUCAGAGAUCAACCGUGGCUUCAGGCUCUGCUCCAGCUACCCGGAGCUCCUGCUGGUGCCGGCGUCGGUCACGGACAAGGAGCUGGAGAACGUGGCCGCCUUCCGCUCCUGGAAGAGGUUCCCCGUGGUGGUGUACAGGCACCAGAGCACGGGCGCGGUGAUUGGCCGCUGCGGGCAGCCCGAGGUCAGCUGGUGGGGCUGGCGGAGUGCCGAGGAUGAGCAGCUGGUGCAGGCCAUCGCCAAGGCCUGCACCUCUAACGGCAAUGCGAUCGUGCCGCUUAGCAACGGCUCCUGUGGUCACGCGCACACCAACGGCACUAACGGGAACGCAGAUCCUGUUGCCAAUGGUGAUGUGGAGGCGGAGCCAACAGCUACACCUCCAGAGAAGCUGCUGAUAUUGGAUGCCAGGUCAUAUGCUGCUGCAGUAGCCAAUCGGGCGAAAGGGGGCGGCUGCGAAUGUCCAGAGUACUAUCCCAACUGUGAGGUGGUGUUCAUGGGCAUGGCCAACAUCCACUCCAUCAGGAAGAGCUUCCAGUGCCUGCGUUCGCUCUGUGCCCAGGUGCCCGACCCGGCCAAUUGGCUGUCUGCUCUGGAGAGCACAAAGUGGCUGCAGCACCUGUCCCUGCUGCUGAAGGCGGCGCUGCUGGUGAUCAACGCGGUGGACCGCGACCGCCGGCCCGUGCUGGUGCACUGCUCCGACGGCUGGGACCGCACGCCCCAGAUCGUGGCUCUCUCCAAACUCCUGCUGGACCCCUUCUACCGCACCAUAGAGGGCUUCCAGGUGCUGGUGGAGACCGAGUGGCUGGACUUCGGCCACAAGUUCGCCGACCGCUGCGGCCACGGCGAGAAGGCGGACGACCUGAACGAACGCUGUCCCGUCUUCCUGCAGUGGCUGGACUGCGUUCACCAGCUGCAGAGGCAGUUCCCCUGCUCCUUCCAGUUCAACGAGGCCUUCCUGGUGAAGUUGGUGCAGCACACAUACUCGUGUCUGUUCGGGACCUUCCUGUGUAACAGUGGGAAAGAGCGGGAGGAGAGCUGUGUGCAGCAGAAGACCUGCUCGGUGUGGUCACUGAUGCGUCCAGCACACAGAGCCUUCCGGAACAUUCUCUACUCACCACACUCCGAGACGGUGCUGCAUCCAGUGUGCCACGUGCGUAAUCUGAUGGUGUGGAGUGCCGUGUACCUGCCCGGCUCGUCCCCCUCCACCCCCUGUGAGGAGUCGUGUGCUCCCUACCCCGCCCACAAGGCCUCCUCUGAGGACACGCCCAACGGCAGGCUUCCCAAGACACGUUCUGUUGAUGACCUACCGUUGGCCUGCGAGGGAGGACCUCCCCCUAGUCGUCGCUGCAGUGACCCCAACCUCCGUGCUCUGGAGAUUGCCAUGGCAACGUCGCCGGACGGUAACGAAUGUCCUAAUGGUCUGGACGAUGAGGCCAGUCUAAGCCCAGAACAGCCGGACUCGGAGAUGGCGCCGGAGGAGCGGCCUGACGGGGAGGAGCCGAGCGACCGGGCGGAGAUGAACGAGGAGCCAAUCAGAAAUGGGCACUCGGAGGAGGCGGGUCUGUCCAUGGCCGAGGGCGUGGCGCCGGCUCAGAUGGAGCACAUCCUCCAGGAGGCCCGGGAGGAGGUCAACGGAGCAGCGUCCAGCGGCCCUCUCUCCGAGGACAUCAGCGAGGACUUCACCCCGUCCACUCUCUCCACACCCACACCGUCUCCCUCUGAGGCGUCUUCGGCGGUGCCUGCGCCGGCUGAUCGUCAGGACCCCAUCACCCAGCUGUGCGAGGAGAUGGUGGAGCAGGCCCUCGAGUACGCCGUCAGCGAGCCCUCACCACCGCCACGCGUCACCGUGCCCCUCCCGCCCGGCGGUCACAUGACCAACGGCCACUGCGAUGGCCAGGCAGAGGAGCCGCUCACUCCCCCUCCCGGCCAUGUGGAGGAUGGCGGUGGCGGCGGCAGCGAACUCUCUUCUGCCGUCCAGCCCGAGGCGCCGCACUGCCCCCUGGAGACGGCCGCUCCAGCCGCCCACACACCCCCUCACACUCCCCCUCAAGAGGAGCCCCAAACACAGCCUGCGCCGCCCGAGCCGCCCCGAACUCUCAACGGCCUCCGCUUGCCUUCCCACGGUGCCUUGCAUCCCCUCCCCUCCUCCUCCUCCCCCUCCUCUUCCUCCUCCUCCUCCUCCUCUUCCCCCUCUCCCGCUGCCGCCGUGUGCAACGGCGAGACCCACCCCGUGGUCAACGGCUCCCGCCGGCCCCUCAGCCGCCAGGCGUCGGGCACGUCCCCGUGCGGUGGUCUCCCUCUCCCGCGCAGGGCCUCGGGGUUGGUCCCGCGGGCGCGCGGCGAGGCGGCAGCGACGGCAGCAGCUCCCCCUGCUGGCCACCUGGAGGAGGACGGGCUGAGCGUGCACAGCGACGCCGUGCAGGUGCGCCUGCAGCAGAUGGAGGCCGGACACCAGCUGCAGGUGGAGAACCUCAAGUGGCAGGUGCAGCAGCUGUGGAGCCGACUGCGCGUCAACGUGGAACUGCCCAGCGAGCUGACGUCUCUCCCGGAUGGUGAGAAUAAUCUGGAGCCCGUGUGUCUGUCACGCUGCAGUUCCGAGUUCUUCUCCGAGGGCAGUUGGGAGCAGGUGGAGCAGCGGGAACCAGAGAUGACCCGGUGGUAUCCAGAUCACUUAGCAACACACUGCUAUGGAUGUGAGACCAAGUUCUGGCUGGCAGCGAGGAAACACCACUGCAGUGCCAGAGAGCCUGUUGAAGAAGCCUGGAACUGUGGGAACGUGUUCUGCGCUAGCUGCUGUGACCAGAAGGUGGCGGUUCCCAACCAGCAGCUGUUUGAGCCCAACCGUGUGUGCAAGGCCUGCUACGGACACCUGCGCCUGACUUCAGUGCCCCCCGCCGACCUGGAGCUGGAGAAGCCAAUCACAGCCAGCUCCAACUGAGCCCCCCCCCCACCACCCGGACCGAAUCAGCCAAUCACAGAUAGAGUUAACGCCGACUAAAACCUUCACCAGAGCUUGGCCAGUCACGGCCUGCUCCAACAACAGAAUUCAGCCAAUCAAAGACCGUAUUGACUAACCCACCCACCCACCAACUUGGCUUAUAUCCCCCCCCCCCCCCCCCCAGUGGUCAGUCUUCACCCCCUGGACCGAUAACGGACUGCCACAGUCCCCCCACCCCCCCGUGCACACAUAUAAUUAACAAUUGAGCCGCCUGGGUGUGCAAGAGAACGUUUGCACGCACACAGAAGAGAAUGUUAAUGUGAGUGUGUGAAUGAAAUUUAUGUAUAUAAUGCCAUGUGUACAGCUAUUUGAGAGCGAGAGACAGUGACCGGUAUGUGUGUGUGUAUGUGUGUGUGAGUGAGUGUAUGAGACCAGGAUGGACUUGCUAUGCUGUGUGCCCGGACAUCUUGUUAAUGGACAGUCAGAACGGAGUGUUUCCGUGGCACCCAGCCCUCAGGCGGUUUUAGAAUGGUGCGAUGAGAUGAGAUGAUGGCGGGUCUUAUCGUGUCGGACUCCUGCUCAUGUAUCCCAUGCUGCUUUGCUCCCCUUCCUCCAGGCCGUGCUGAGAGCCUGUGGGGGGGUCCCCCAUCUAAGGGGGACCUCAGAGUGCUGAGAGACUGUUUGCCUGCAGAGGACGUGGUGCUCCCAAAGUGUGUGAAUGAAUUAAAGCACAACACACUGCCCACCUAAA